AUGAUAAUCGCAGACAGGAACAAAGGCAGUGUCAAUAUUAUGGUCAUGACGAGGAUACCCUUCCUCCUCCUUGUUGCGGUUGCCUUGGAAGCAGUUUGUAUCCAGGCAAUUGGGGAUGCAGUAGUGGAUGGAUCAUCUCUCAAUUCCCAGCCGAGACGGCCUUUGUUGCUAGUAGAAGAUACUGCAAAUGCUACCACGACUGCCACGAAAGGAAACCGAACCGGCGCUAAUUUUCUUGCUACCUACAAGGGUCGCUUUCAGAUCAUUGCCGAUGGAUGUGAUGGUCCUCCUCCCGUGGUCCAAGCAGCAUGUGCUGGUAGUCACAUCAAUUUGAUUUCUGUGAGCGACGUCAACAACAACUUUGCCUGCCAACCUUCUGACGACGCAGACUUGCCAGAUGGCUUUGCAUCCGGAUUGACGUGCCAAACAUUGUGUGUUGAUGAUGAUCAUGAUGACACUGAUGAUGAUGAUGAUGAUUGUGCUGCGUCCUUUGCCAACAAUGAU